GUAAACCCGGAAGUCACAUGUGAAAUACUGUGAUAUAAAUGUCAAUCAGAUUGCAUGCUGAGGGACGCUAACAUUAUGAUGACAGCAGAAGUUCUUUUUGGCGUUUUCGCAGCACUUUUUGCUACUGUUGGGGGAUCUGUGAACUGUGGACACACUGUGUGCUAUGGAUCUGGAGCCUACUGUUGUGAGAAUGAUUUACAAGAGUGCUGCUGGCAACACUUCCCAGUUUACACAUUCUGGUGGUUCUGGUCUAUUUGGUUUUGGGUGAUUUUCUUUGGUGUCCUGAUCUGUGUGUGUAUCCGCCGUCGUCGACGGCUCUUGAGUGCACCUCGCUACGUGAUCGUGGAAGGCCAACAGAGCUAUGGUACUGUGCAGGCUAGCUACCAGAGAGCAGCAUAUGAUCAAGGCUUCAAUCCGGCCAUGUCUGCACCGGCCUAUCAGGAAAAGCCUCCAGAAUACAGUGCUGUUGUCAAUCACUGAGUGUUUCCUGCACAUAUUCUUGCAAUAUUGUUAAAACUGCUUGGCUUGUGAUGUAGGUGAUUAGAUGUCAAGGAAAAUUGGAGCUAAAUCGUCCAAAAUACAUUGUAUGAUUUAUUAGUUUGGGUGAUUUAUAACCAAUAUAUAUUUUAUUCAAGAAAAAUCUUGUAUGAAUUAAAUGCAUUGAGUUAAUGUUUAAAUGUUGACACUUAGUCAGUAUAUUAAUUUACACUUAGUCAGUAAAUUAAUUACAUUAUUUUAUAUUUGUUGAUCUAUAGCGGUUGUCAGCGCUCCUUUCAAUGUCUUAUGGUCACUUUUUUUUAAAUCCAUUAUUGAUUAUUAUUCUAUUGAACUAUUAGUUGAUUCUUUUAUUAGCAUUGUGAACUUCAACAAUAUUUUACCUGUACUGAACUACAUGUUCGUUAUUAUUAUGUUUAAAUGGUCCGACAAUUAUAAUGUGUUAACUAUCUUCUGAUUUUGUGACCAUCAUCCCGUUGGAAAAACACGUGUUUGAUGUUUGACCAAAUUAUAUUGGCAAACAGUUUGGAAUUAUGAUGAAAUACCAAUGUCAUAAUACAUAUCGGAAAAUUUCCAGUUUUAAUUAUUGGUGGAAAUGUGAAUGUCUGAACAAUUAUUUAACAAAAAUUAUCUGAAAAAUAAGUUUCUUUAAAGAGUAAUCAUGGUACUGUAAAAUCAUUCUACUUUAAUUAAUAUAAAACUUUUUUCCACCAUAUGAAUCCCACAAACCUAAAAUUGUCAGCACAGUUUACAACUUGAAUUGUUUUAAUGCUCAAGUAUCUCUAAAUUUGUUUUGUAUUCAAUUACACAUUGAUAUAAAUCAUGUAAACAAGAUUAGAAACAUAUGCAGAUCAAAUUGGUACACAGCUGUUAUCAAAAUAAUUAUGGAAUGACCUACAUUAUAUGACAAUGUGUGUAAACUGGAACAUAAACUCGCUGAUUUGUAUGCUUUUAUGUAAUUUUUAAUGAAGGGUUAGUUCUUAUUUUUAAUACUGAAGAUAUGGUUAAGAGAUUAUUUGCUGUGUGUUACUCAUUUUGAAAUUAUAUGUAAAACUUGUUACUGAUUGCAUUAUACAAAUGUAUUUAAUCUUGUGAGAAUAACAGACCUGUUCUGCCUCUGUAAAUAAGAUAGUAUAUGUUUUAUGUAAAGCUUCAAACAUUUGCCACUUUGUAAGGUUGUUGAUAAAAAAAGUUUAGAUUUCAUUACUAAACAUCUUGUUUAAGUACCUCUAUCUUGAUUGUUAAUUGAUAAAUACUCGUAUGUGAUAAGGAAGUGUUAUAUACCUGUGAAAGUUGGGUAAUGUUUUUGACAGAGUUGUACUGGCAACACAUUUUCUGUUCACAUUGUAUCUUGUCAGCUGUCAGUAACAAGGCUAAAAGUUAAUCCAAAUACAUGACUUCUUCAACAGGUUCAUAAUUUAACUAAACCUCUGGCAUAAAAUACAUGAUAAUAUACCAGUGAUAAUAAAUUGCAACUCAAAACCCUUUCCCACUUAGAUACGUAUUUUGAUGUGUUUGUAGUAUCUGAGAAAGUAAAUUUUAAUUAUGCCCCCCUUCGAAGAAGAGGGGGUAUAUUGCUUUGCUCAUGUCGGUCGGUCGGUCUGUCGGUCGGUCUGUUGAUCUGUCCGUCCACCAGGUGGUUGUCAGACGAUAACUCAAGAACGCUUGGGCCUAGGAUCAUGAAACUUCAUAGGUACAUUGAUCAUGACUCGCAGAUGACCCCUAUUGAUUUUGAGGUCACUAGGUCAAAGGUCAAGGUCACGGUGACCCGAAAUAGUAAAAUGGUUUUUGAAUGAUAACUCAAGAACGCAUACGCCUAGGAUCAUGAAACUUCAUGGGUAGAUUGAUCAUGACUUGCAGAUGACCCCUAUUGAUUUUGAGGUCACUAGGUCAAAGGUCAAGGUCACGGUGACCCGAAAUAGUAAAAUGGUUUCCGGAUGAUAACUCAAGAAUGCAUACGCCUAGGAUCAUGAAACUGUAUGGGUAGAUUGAUCAUAACUCGCAGAUGACCCCUAUUGAUUUUGAGGUCACUAGGUCAAAGGUCAAGGUCAUGGUGACCCGAAAUAGUAAAAUGGUUUUCGGAUGAUAACUCGAGAAUGCAUACGCCUAGGAUCAUGAAACUUCAUAGGUAGAUUGAUCAUGACUUGCAGAUGACCCCUAUUGAUUUUGAGGUCACAAGGUCAAAGGUCAAGGUCACGGUGACCCGAAAUAGUAAAAUGAUUUUCGGAUGAUAACUCAAGAACGCUUUUGCCUAGGAUCAUGACACUUCAUAGGUACAUUGAUCGUGACUCGCAGAUGACCCCUAUUGAUUUUCAGGUCACUAGGUCAAAGGUCAAGGUCACAGUGACAAAAAUCGUAUUCACACAAUGGCUGCCACUACAACGGACAGCCCAUAUGGGGGGCAUGCAUGUUUUACAAACAGCCCUUGUUUGAAACCAAGUUAAAGAUUAAUUUUUUUAAGUCUUCAUUUUCAAGCCUUAGAUACUGAUGAGCAGCAAAAAGCAUAAAACCUUAACAGACUGCGAGUUAUUAGCAGGCUGUUCUGGUUUUAUGCUGUUUACACAUAGCAAUGUUCACUUUGCUUCUAAGUGGUAAAGGUUUUAACAUUUUUGUUAAAUUAGGCAAUAAUUUGUUUAUACUUAAUUUCUGGUAUGAACAGUAUACAUGAUGAGAGAUAUUCUUUUUGUUAAUGUAUAACUUAAUUUUGCUGUUGUUUGUGCAAUAAAGUUGCAUAGGUCUAAUGAUUUGUGCAAACAUGCUUGCUAAUUCACAUGCCAGAUAUGUUUAUUUGUCAUGCGGAAAUAAUAAAUCCAUGAUUUAAUUUUA